AUGGGGCUGCUGGAUAAACUGUCAGGCUGGCUCGGCCUAAAGAAGAAAGAGGUCAACGUUUUGUGUUUGGGGCUGGACAACAGCGGAAAAACCACCAUCAUCAACCAACUGAAGCCGGCUAAUCGUUCGAAUCAUGUAGGCCCAUUGUCAGAGGAGUGGAAACAUGUUAGUCAGACGCAGGCACAAGAAAUAGUCCCAACAAUUGGCUUCAACAUUGAAAAGUUCAAGAGUUCAAGCCUGUCGUUCACAGUGUUUGAUAUGUCCGGGCAGAGCAGAUACAGAAACCUGUGGGAGCAUUACUACAAAGAAAGUCACGCCAUCAUCUUUGUCAUCGACAGCGGAGACACACUGAGGAUGGUCGUUGCCAGAGAGGAGCUGGAUACUCUUCUUAACCACGAGGAUAUUCGCAGCAAAAAGAUACCAGUAUUGUUCUUUGCUAACAAGACGGACCUGCGGGACGCCAUGUCUUCUGUCAAGGUCUCACAGAUGUUGUCAUUGGAGAACAUCCAGGACAAACCCUGGCACAUCUGUGCCAGCAACGCUAUCAAGGGAGAGGGCCUCCAGGAAGGGCUGGACUGGCUGCAAGAUCACAUCAAAACAAUGAACAAAUGA